AUGAAGAACUACAGUAUUCGCAGGAGUGCUGAGUACCUGGUGAUCGAGUCCGACCGGUUAAAGUACCAUGUGCAGUGUCGUCAGUUUGACAGUGGGUGUCAAUGGAGCCUCUGUGUGGCCCUUCUUCAGAAUCUCGGAUACUGGGAGGUUCGGAGAUUUGGUGGACCACACAGCGGUCUGGCACCCACCAUGUCUCAAGAUCAUCAUCAGUUAGAUAGCAGUCUCAUCUGUAGGGUGAUAUUGCCCAUGAUUCAGUCCAACCCGUCUGUUAGUAUCCCGGUCUUACAAGGUGCGGUCCACGCAAGCUAUCACUUCAAAUCCUCAUACAGAAAGGUGUGGAUGGCGAAGCAGAAGGCCAUUGCACGAUCUACGGUGAUUGGGAAGAGUCGUACAAUAAGGUGCCAAAACUACUUCAGGCACUGUAGAGUUGUUUCCCCGGCACCAUUUGUGACCUACACGUCAAACCGUAUUACGAAGGACGGAAAUAGCAACAUACUGCCAAUUGCUUUUGCCAUUGUUGAGUCUGAGAGCACCGAAUCAUGGUCGUUCUUCCUUACCAAUUUGAGGCACCACGUCACCCCACAAGACAGCUUGCUGGUCAUAUCAAACAGAUCUCUGCCCAUCAAGGCCACCCUAGGAGCUGAUGAUAGUGGGUGA